AUGAACAUGCAAGUCGAACUGAUCUCUGUUCUAUCGGACAAUUACGCGUAUCUACUUAUCGACUCGAUGAAUCCUGCUAUUGACCCUGUGGAUGCUGAGAAGGUCUACAGCCGUGCGAAGGAGCUACAACUCGUCAUUUCUCUGAUCCUUACCACUCAUUCACACUGGGAUCAUGCAGGUGGAAACCGCAAUCUCGUCGGUCUCAUUCAGGAGCGUGAAAACCGUCAAAUUCCGGUCCUUGGUGGACCAGGAAAUGCUAUUGAAGCUCAGACUCAAUCGGUGGCUGAUGGAGACGUAGUGAAGCUCGGAAACCUUGACGUGAAAGUCUACUUUACUCCGUGCCACACUCGUGAUCACGUGCUGUAUCAUUGCCAGGACGCUUUGUUUACGGGUGACACACUGUUUGUUGCUGGGUGUGGAAGGUUCUUUAGCGGCAGUCCAGCAGAGAUGCACCACGCUCUAAAUGAGGUAGUGGCCAACUUGCCACAGGAGACAAAGAUUUACUGUGGACACGAGUAUACAGCGAGUAAUCUACGUUUUGCUGCACACGUGGAACCGGACAAUGAAGUGGUGCAGAAGAAAUUAGCGUGGGCCAUUGAGAAGACAAAGUCGGGUGAACCUACGGUCCCGUCGACGGUGAAGGAAGAGUUGGCAACGAAUCCAUUCAUGAGAGUGAUGAAGUUGGCAGUGCAGAAGUUUGUGAAUGGCGAAGAAGACCCCGUGAAAGUGAUGAGGCUCAUGCGUGCUGCCAAGGACAACUUCGUGAUCGGUAAGUAA